GGUUUCCGCAAGGUGGUAGCUGAUCGGUGGGAGUUCGCCAACGACAAUUUCCGGCAAGGAGAGCAAACGCUCCUCUCCUUCAUUCGCCGUCGAAAAUCCUCAUCCAACAGACAACCUCCUCCAUCUUCUAACUCCGGUCAGCACUCCACCGAGAUCCACAGCUCUUCCUCCGCCUCCUCGCCACCGCCGCCUUCGCCACGCCUUCUGAAUCUCUCCAGCGAAAACGAGAAGCUUCGGAGAGAGAACAAAAUCCUGAACUCAGAACUUGCGCAGGCAAAGCGGCACUGCGAUGAGCUCCUCGGUUUUCUUUCCAAGUACGUCGACGUCGGCCAGCUAGACCUCGGCCUUCUAAGAAAUAGGUCGGUAGAGUUCGACGAAGGGGAAGAAGUAGUUAGCGAGGAGGAGGAGGAGGUGGAUGAAGGGGAAAAAGAGACUUCUUUCAAGCUAUUUGGUGUUCUUCUCAAGGUUAACGUGAGCUGCGAUGAGGUUCAGAGAUCUACAAAGAGGCGACGUUGCCAAGGCGGCGGCGGCAGGAUGCCAGUGGUCAGAGGUUCGUGGGCUGAUGCUUUGUCUCCGGUGGGCGGAAGUAGUAACGUCAGCCAGAGAAGUUAGCUAGAUAGCCUUAGUAGGGGAAAAAUCGUUUCAGAAUCUCCUCAGGCAGUACAGAGCGCAUCAAAAUCAUUUGAUUGUGCGAUAUAUAGGAAAACAAAUCUGAGUUGGAAUAUCAUAAUUUAAAUUUAAUUAGAGUGAACUUAUGAUUAUUCUAUUUGUUUUGAGAAAAUCUUAACUAUCUUUAAAACGUGAAACACACGUGAUAAUUUCUCCUA